CCUCUGACCCGCCACAACGUUCGCUGUUAGCGGUUGUUGUUCGGAUAAACCGCGAUCUGUACCUUCUGUCAGACCGACAAAAACGGCAGAAAUGGAGGCGCAAGCGCGUUUUCUCCUCUGGCUUCAACUUUUCUCAGCUUGCCUGGUGUUUGCGGUGAAAGGUGAUCCCUGCGCAGUGAAUAUGUGCGUCAACGGAGGGACUUGUGUGACUGGGACAGGGACUCCGUUCAUCUGCAUCUGCCCUGAUGGUUUUUCUGGAGAUCUCUGCAAUGACACUGAGACAGGGCCGUGCAGUCCAAACCCGUGUGAAAAUGACGGCAUCUGCGAGGUGAUGAGCCACUCCCGCCGAGGUGACGUCUUCAGCGAGUACGUCUGCAAAUGCCAGCCAGGUUUUGAGGGGGCUCACUGCCAGACCAAUGUGAACGACUGUGCCGGGCAGCCUUGUCAGAACGGUGGCAGCUGCAGAGACCUGGACGGAGACUUCAAGUGCCACUGUCCCUCCCCUUAUGUCGGCAAACAUUGCCAACUGCGCUGUAUUUCUAUGCUCGGCAUGCAAGGAGGGGGCAUCGCGGAGUCCCAGAUCGCGGCCUCAUCAGUCCGCUACAGUCUGCUGGGCCUGCAGCGCUGGGGUCCUGAGCUGGCACGCCUCCACAACAAGGGUCUGGUGAAUGCCUGGAGUCCAGCUGCACAUGACAAGAACCCAUGGAUAGUGAUCAACAUGCAAAGAAAGAUGCGACUCGCAGGCAUCGUCACCCAGGGUGCCAGUCGCAUGGGGACCGCAGAGUUCAUUAAGGCCUUCAAAGUGGCCUCCAGCUUGGACGGCAAGACGUACACCAUGUACAGGACAGAGGGACAGAGAAAAGACCAGAUAUUUGUUGGAAACGUGGACAACGACAGCAUCAAGACCAACCUGUUCGACCCCCCAAUCAUCGCCCAGUACAUCCGCAUCGUUCCCAUCGUGUGCCGCAAAGCCUGCACCCUGCGCAUGGAGCUGGUGGGCUGCGAACUCAACGUGUAUUCAAACACUUCAGGUUGUUCGGAGCCGUUGGGCAUGAAGUCCAGGUUGGUGUUGGACCGUCAGAUCACAGCCUCCAGCACCUUCCGCACCUGGGGCCUCGAGGCCUUCACCUGGCAGCCGCACUACGCUCGGCUGGACAAACAGGGCAAGACCAACGCCUGGACUGCUGCCACUAACGACCGCUCCGAGUGGCUGCAGGUGGACCUGCUGUCUCCUAAGAAGAUUACAGGAAUCAUCACGCAGGGGGCAAAAGACUUCGGCUCCAUUCAGUUUGUUACAGCUUUCAAAGUUGCCCUCAGUGAUGAUGGAAAGACCUGGACCGUAGUGAAGGAUAACACCACAGGAAACGACAGGAUCUUCCCGGGCAACAGUGACAACAACGUUCACAAGAAGAACAUCUUCGAGCCGCCGCUCUACAGCAGAUAUGUCCGCUUCCUGCCGUGGGAGUGGCACGAGCACAUCACCCUUCGAAUGGAACUUCUGGGCUGCGAUGAGUAGCACCACCCCAAAUCCUCCUCCUUUAUUCUCUACCUCCCCCCUUCUCUCCUGUUCCCCUCUCCCUCCCAUCCACAC